AUGGCAGUGGCAGGGGAGGCAACAGCAGUGCAAGUGGCAGCAGUGCGGGUGGCAGCAGCGCGUGUGGUAACAUGCGUGGCAGUAGCGGCGGAGGUAGCAGUGUGGGUGGCAGCAGCGCGUGUGGCAACAGGUGUGGCAGUGGCGGGGGAGGCAGCAGUGCGGGUGGCAGCAGCGCGUGUGGCAACAGGUGUGGCAGUAGCGGGGGAGGCAGCAGUGCGGGUGGCAGCAGCGCGUGUGGCAACAGGUGUGGGAGUAGUGGGGGAGGCAGCAGUGCGGGUGGCAGCAGCGCGUGUGGCAACAGGUGUGGCAGUUGCGGGGGAGGCAGCAGUGCGGGUGGUAGCAGCGCGUGUGGCAACAGGUGUGGCAGUUGCGGUGGAGGCAGCAGUGCGGGUGGCAGCAGCGUGUGUGGCAACAGGUGUGGCAGUAGCGAGGGAGGCAUCAGUGCGAGUGGCAGCAGUGCGUGUGGCAACAGGUGUGGCACACCUGCUCUCACCAGCAGUAGCACCUGCUCUCACCACAAGCACCUGCUCUCACCACAAGCACCUGCUCUCACCAGAAGCACUUGCUCUCACCACAAGCACCUGCUCUCACCACAAGCACCUGCUCUCACCACAAGCACCUGCUCUCACCACAAGCACCUGCUCUCACAACAAGCACCUGCUCUCACCACAAGCACCUGCUCUCACCACAAGCACUUGCUCUCACCACAAGCACCUGCUCUCAUCACCAGCACCUGCUCUCAUCAGCAGCAGCACCUGCUCUCACCACAAGCACCGGCUCUCACCACAAGCACCUGCUCUCACCACAAGCACCUGCUCUCACCACAAGCACCUGCUCUCACCACAAGCACCUGCUCUCACCACAAGCACCUGCUCUCACCACAAGCACCUGCUCUCACCACAAGCACCAGCUCUCACCACAAGCACCUGCUCUCAUCACCAGCACCUGCUCUCACCAGCAGUAGCACCUGCUCUCACCACAAGCACCUGCUCUCACCACAAGCACCUGCUCUCACCAGAAGCACUUGCUCUCACCACAAGCACCUGCUCUCACCACAAGCACCUGCUCUCACCACAAGCACCUGCUCUCACCACAAGCACCUGCUCUCACAACAAGCACCUGCUCUCACCACAAGCACCUGCUCUCACCACAAGCACUUGCUCUCACCACAAGCACCUGCUCUCAUCACCAGCACCUGCUCUCACCAGCAGUAGCACCUUCUCUCACCACAAGCACCUGCUCUCACCACAAGCACCUGCUCUCACCAGAAGCACUUGCUCUCACCACAAGCACCUGCUCUCAUCACCAGCACCUGCUCUCACCAGCAGCAGCACCUGCUCUCACCACAAGCACCUGCUCUCACCACAAGCACCUGCUCUCACCACAAGCACCUGCUCUCACCACAAGCACCUGCUCUCACCACAAGCACCUGCUCUCACCACAAACACUUGCUCUCACCACAAGCACCUGCCCUCACCACAAGCACCUGCUCUCACCACAAGCACUUGCUCUCACCACAAGCACCUGCUCUCAUCACCAGCACCUGCUCUCACCAGCAGCAGCACCUGCUCUCACCACAAGCACCUGCUCUCACCACAAGCACUUGCUCUCACCACAAGCACUUGCUCUCACCACAAGCACCUGCUCUCACCACAAGCACCUGCUCUCACCACAAGCACCUGCUCUCACCACAAGCACCUGCUCUCACCACAAGCACCUGCUCUCACCACAAGCACUUGCUCUCACCACAAGCACCUGCUCUCACCACAAGCACCUGCUCUCACCACAAGCACCUGCUCUCACCACAAGCACCUGCUCUCACCACAAGCACCUGCUCUCACCACAAGCACCAGCUCUCACCACAAGCACUUGCUCUCACCACAAGCACUUGCUCUCACCACAAGCACCUGCUCUCACCACAAGCACCUGCUCUCACCACAAGCACCUGCUCUCACCACAGGCACCUGCUCUCACCACAAGCACCUGCUCUCACCACAAGCACCUGCUCUCACCACAAGCACCUGCUCUCACCACAAGCACCUGCUCUCACCACAAGCACCUGCUCUCACCACAAGCACCUGCUCUCACCACGAGCACCUGCUCUCACCACAAGCACCUGCUCUCACCACAAGCACCUGCUCUCACCACAAGCACUUGCUCUCACCACAAGCACCUGCUCUCAUCACAAGCACCUGCUCUCACCACAGGCACCUGCUCUCACCACAAGCUCCUGCUCUCACCUCAAGCACCUGCUCUCACCACAAGCACCUGCUCUCACCACAAGCACCUGCUGUCACCACAAGCACCUGCUCUCACCACAAGCACCUGCUCUCACCACAAGCACCUGCUCUCACCACAAGCACCUGCUCUCACCACAAGCACCUGCUCUCACCACAAGCACUUGCUCUCACCACAAGCACCUGCUCUCAUCACCAGCACCUGCUCUCAUCAGCAGCAGCACCUGCUCUCACCACAAGCACCUGCUCUCACCACAAGCACCUGCUCUCACCACAAGCACCUGCUCUCACCACAAGCACCUGCUCCCACCACAAGCACCUGCUCUCACCACAAGCACCUGCUCUCACCACAAGCACUUGCUCUCACCACAAGCACCUGCUCUCAUCACCAGCACCUGCUCUCACCAGCAGUAGCACCUGCUCUCACCACAAGCACCUGCUCUCACCACAAGCACCUGCUCUCACCACAAGCACCUGCUCUCACCACAAGCACCUGCUCUCACCACAAGCACCUGCUCUCACCACAAGCACCUGCUCUCACCACAAGCACCUGCUCUCACCACAAGCACCUGCUCUCACCACAAGCACCUGCUCUCACCACAAGCACCUGCUCUCACCACAAGCACUUGCUCUCACCACAAGCACCUGCUCUCAUCACCAGCACCUGCUCUCACCAGCAGUAGCACCUGCUCUCACCACAAGCACCUGCUCUCACCACAAGCACCUGCUCUCACCACAAGCACCUGCUCUCACCACAAGCACCUGCUCUCACCACAAGCACCUGCUCUCACCACAAGCACCUGCUCUCACAACAAGCACCUGCUCUCACCACAAGCACCUGCUCUCACCACAAGCACUUGCUCUCACCACAAGCACCUGCUCUCAUCACCAGCACCUGCUCUCACCAGCAGUAGCACCUUCUCUCACCACAAGCACCUGCUCUCACCACAAGCACCUGCUCUCACCAGAAGCACUUGCUCUCACCACAAGCACCUGCUCUCAUCACCAGCACCUGCUCUCACCAGCAGCAGCACCUGCUCUCACCACAAGCACCUGCUCUCACCACAAGCACCUGCUCUCACCACAAGCACCUGCUCUCACCACAAGCACCUGCUCUCACCACAAGCACCUGCUCUCACCACAAACACUUGCUCUCACCACAAGCACCUGCCCUCACCACAAGCACCAGCUCUCACCACAAGCACUUGCUCUCACCACAAGCACCUGCUCUCAUCACCAGCACCUGCUCUCACCAGCAGCAGCACCUGCUCUCACCACAAGCACCAGCUCUCACCACAAGCACUUGCUCUCACCACAAGCACCAGCUCUCACCACAAGCACCUGCUCUCACCACAAGCACCUGCUCUCACCACAAGCACCUGCUCUCACCACAAGCACCUGCUCUCACCACAAGCACCAGCUCUCACCACAAGCACUUGCUCUCACCACAAGCACCUGCUCUCACCACAAGCACCUGCUCUCACCACAAGCACCUGCUCUCACCACAAGCACCUGCUCUCACCACAAGCACCUGCUCUCACCACAAGCACCAGCUCUCACCACAAGCACUUGCUCUCACCACAAGCACUUGCUCUCACCACAAGCACCUGCUCUCACCACAAGCACCUGCUCUCACCACAAGCACCUGCUCUCACCACAAGCACCUGCUCUCACCACAAGCACCUGCUCUCACCACAAGCACUUGCUCUCACCACAGGCACCUGCUCUCACCACAAGCACCUGCUCUCACCACAAGCACCUGCUCUCACCACAAGCACCUGCUCUCACCACAAGCAUCUGCUCUCACCACAAGCACCUGCUCUCACCACAAGCACCUGCUCUCACCACAAGCACUUGCUCUCACCACAAGCACCUGCUCUCACCACAAGCACCUGCUCUCACCAUAAGCACCUGCUCUCACCAGCAGCAGCACCUGCUCUCACCAGCAGCAGCACGUGCGCUCACCGGCAGCGAGGUGGGAGCGCGAGGAGAUGUCGGCGAGGACGAGCUGGAUGUUGGUCUCGGCGCUCGUCACCAGCAGCAGCACCUCGCGCUCCUCCCUCGCCCGCUCACCGCCGUCGCCCGCUUGCACCGCUCCUCCGCUACCCCCUGCAGCCCGCCCCCCCCCGGCCUGCCUCCCCCCGGCCUGCCUCCCCCCGGCCUGCCUCCCCUCGAGCUGCCUCCCCUCGAGCUGCCUCCCCUCGAGCUGCCUCCCCUCGGGCUGCCUUCCCUCGGGCUGCCUCUCCCCAGGCUGCUGGCGCGGGGACCUGCGAAGGGCACGCGGCGGAGAAGCAAAGGUGAUGGCGCCGCGAGUAGUGACGCCGCGAGUGAUGACGCCGCGAGUGGUGACGCCGCGAGUGAUGACGCCGCGAGUGAUGACGCCGCGAGUGAUGACGCCUAG